AUGAAUGGAGAGGAUGGAGAUCUCCUGCUCGGAUCCCUGCUUAUCACUGCAGUGAUUGGAGUCAUGUAUAUUAUAGUGGUAGGGGCCACAUCCACAAAACCACUGAUGAUCCAACGCGUUAUGGAUAUUAUAAAAUGGAUCAACUUGCUAUCUUUAACACCCUUGACGGACAAGUCCGACUGGGGUGGCAUAGGAUACAAGAAGCAGGGGAGUCGGGGACUGGAGUGGAGAGGAGUGGAGGAGACGGGGAAUACCCAUGACGUCAGGGAUCCAGAAUGA